AUGGAGGAGGCGUUGGCUCUAAGAGCAGCCAUGCUUGUGGCCAAACGUCAAGGGUGGAGAGGGGUAAAGUUUGAGACAGAUUGUAAGCAAGUUAUUGAUAGGAUAAAUAGUGGAGAAAAUGAUAUAGAUAUCGCAACUGUGCUAUCAGAUAUAGAAAGGCUGAAGUCCAGUUCUUAUGAAUGUUGCUUUUCCUUCACUAGAAGGAGAAGCAACUCUGUUAGUCAUCAGGUAGCUAAAUUUGCUACAAAUUUGGAAGAAACUGCUGAAUGGAAGUCAGACUUCCUAGUUUGGUUGCUUGAGUUGGUACAAGCAGACUAUAGGGGCAGUUGCUCCAAAAAUUGUAAUAUGAUUUAG